UUCCAGCUUCUUGGGGCGGGGACAAAGCUGUGGCCUCGGAUGACAACUGUGGAGAGGUUGGACUUGUAACCCUGGAAACAAAGCAACAGUCUGACUGCGAUAGGGAAGUCCCAUCCUCCCACCUGCAGGGUCACGCUUUUAACACCUGUGUGACAGACAGCGAUGGAGUAAGUAGGGAAAAAUGAGUUAAUUCUCGAAUUCUUCUGCAGAGGUUGGCUAAGCCAAAGAAAGCAGUAUAUUGUGCCGUACGUUUUUGGGAACAAAGGAGAAAAGGAUAGCACCGAAUACUGGAGAGCAAGUAGAACACAUGUGACUGGACCAUCCCAAGUAGCCCACUGAGUUUCAUGGAAAAGUGAGGAUUUGAGCCUGGGUCUUGGUUCCAGUCCGUCACUGAACAUUGAACUAGACUGGCCUUCAUGUCGCUAAUAAAGGCACACCGCGAAGACAUGUCAGAUACCGUGAGGGAUAAAGCAGCGCGCUUGUUGAAGAAAAGGGGCAGCAUCUCGUCUUUAGGGAGUCAUGAAAUCAAGGCAAAAGAAUUUCUUGGGAAAACCAAAGACUCCAUGAGUACAGUGUCUUACAUGGAUGAGCCGGGACACCAUGACGACAUUCUUCGUCCUCCUGUUCAGAUGGAGAACACAUACCAGUUAGGUCCUGCAAAAUACUUUCCGGUGGCAGCUGUGAAUAAUAUCUUGAAGGACGUGGUAACAAGUUACCUUGAAGAAGAAAAAUAUGAAGCAGAGCUGUGCAGGCAGAUGACAAAGACCAUCUCAGAGGCUUCAUCUGGCUCCCAGUGUACAUGGGAACACUUAAUAUUCAACAAUAAACUUCCCAAGAAGUUGAAAAGAAUAGUUUGAAAGCAAAGCAUGGAGAAGUCACCUGUCAAAUUCACCAGGCCAUCCCCUUAGCUAAAGACUCAACGAAAAAUCUGAAGUCUCAGUCCCUAGUUGACACUGGUAGGCGUCUCCACACUUUGCCUUUUGCUUUUAAACCAUUUCGGCUUAUGUGCAGUGGUCCACAAAUCAACUGAUCUUUUAAAGGAUGGAGGACAAUUACAAGGCUACUUCCCAAACCUCCUGUUUUCCACAGCUGCCCCCUUGAGGUUGGCCACUGGUGUCUGAUUUCAUGUGAAUUCCCUCUUUAGCAGCUGGUCAUUGAUGUAAGGAUAACAAUACAGCAUGGGUAGGUGAGUUAUGACAUAAGAACAUAAGAACAAGCCAGCUGGAUCAGACCAGAGUCCAUCUAGUCCAGCUCUCUGCUACUUGCAGUGGCCCACGAGAUGCCAUUGGGAGCUCACGUGCAGGAUGUGAAAGCAAUGGCCUUCUGCGGCUGUUGCUCCUGAUCACCUGGUCUGUUAAAGAGUAGUGAGUUGACCCCUUCUAGAGCUUUUUUUACUCUUUUUGGAAGGACCAGCAACUAGUUUAGAUGUGUAUCUCUGAUACUCAGUUUAUCCUUGCUAUGGUACACCUCCCUGUGCUCAACUUGAUUUUUCUGUCCCAGACUCUCUUGGACUGUUACUUAUGGUCCUGGUCUUAAAAGCAAUGAGACUUAAAAAUAAAAAUCAGUGUUAACUCCUUACUCUCUCUUUUUAUAAUCUUCCAAUUAUUGCUGAUUGUUCUGUUGUUCAUUACUUUAUUCAGCUUCACAAAAUGUAACAAGAAAAAGGUACACGUUCUACAUCUGUUGCCUUCGUCUUUAGUGCCUUUAUUAUCAUAUUAUUAAAUCAGAUGUGAUUGUU